UGGACUUCCAUCGAACAGUGAAGAAUUCAACUUAAGAUAUCUGAUUCUGUGUAUAUUACUAACUAUUUGACGCUUAUUGCAUGUAGAUAUUCAAGUAAACGUGUAUAUUAUCGAUUGAGAAACGAUGAAAAAGCCCUGCAAACUCCAAAAUUGGAACACACCAUGAUUGUUGACGAAGCUGAAGAGGAGACCAAGAAAACUUGUAACCGCCAUUGUGUAACAAAGUAUUUUAUAUUUACAAUUAAUGCACUACUAUGGGUCAUAUCUAUAAUGUUUAUUGGAGUUGGUUCUUGGGCUCAUGUUGAGAAAGACAAGUACGAUACCAAGGGCAGCUUGACGUUUGAUCCUUCCGUUCUCAUCAUUGUUGUUGGUGUGUUUCUUUUUCUGGUGACAUUCUGUGGAUGUGUUGGUGCGCUACGAGAGAACAAGCUUCUCUUACGAAUUUACAUGGUUAUCCUUAGCAUCCUUUUCACUCUGGAAAUUAUAACUGGAUUUGUUGCUUUUUUCUUUGUUGAUGAGACAAGAACCAAGAUUACCAGUACUGUGAAGCACCUAGUGAUCCAUUACCGAGAUGAUUCUGACUUACAAAAUGCAAUUGAUGGCAUACAAAAAGGAUUACAGUGUUGUGGAGGAUACUCGUAUCAUGACUGGGAUCACAAUGCUUACUUCAAUUGCUCAGCAAAUACUGUUGAAGCCUGUGGUGUUCCCUUCUCCUGCUGUAUUAAGGAUAAAAUCAAUACACACUGUGGGUUUGGAAUUCGAAGACAAAAAACGGAGGCUGAAGCUUCUAAGGACAUAUACACUCAAGGAUGCAUCGACAGACUUACUGAUUGGAUGCUUAAUAACCUGCAUAUAGUCGGAGGAAUUGCUUUUGGGUUUGCAAUUAUUCAGCUCUUGGCCAUCAUGGGAUCCAGUAAUUUGAUAACAGACAUAGAACAAGCAAUAGCUACCAAUGACAAGUUAUAUUCUGAUCCACACAUGUAAUAUUUGUGUAAUUAAUACACUUAGUAUCAAUUUUUGCUAUGAAUACUUUGUACCCUUAAAUAUAAUAUUAUCAUUGUACACAUGUAUAAAGUCAAUCAAACUACAAGCUGUUUUAGAAAUAUUGUUUAAUACCAGUUUAUAUCUUUCAUCAUUCUUCACUAAUACACUCCGAAUUAGCCCCAUCCCUAGCUAACUCUGUCCCUCACUCAGCAUUACUCCCUUAACUUGCAAGGGUUUAGCCAGGCUACUCAAAUAAGCCUCAAGGACCAAAGGUAUCCUGCUGUUUUGCAUGAGCUGACAGAGAAAAGGUAGUGACUAAGCUAACUUUAAAUAAGUUAUUGAACAUAAAAACUCUCUAUAAACAUUCUUAAUUUGAAAAACACAUUUAUGACUGAAUUUACCGAUUCUCAAGUCAGACUAAUUCAAAAAGUGUUCCAAGAGCAACAACAACCCAAUAGGGAGAAAUGGCAUGUCUAAAUAAUGCCUUAUCUUCUCCUCCCACUCCUUCUUGACACAAUUGUACAGGAAACAAUGCAACAAUUCCCUAAAUAUAUUAAUCAACAACACAUCAAAUGUUGCAAGGAAAUAAGAAACUGAAACAAUAUAAUAUACAAACUCUAUUUACAUUGUUGCUGUCAUAUUUUUGUAUAUCAAAACAUAAAAAAUCUAAAUCUCUUUUUCUAAACAACAUGCCAAUACUUCCUGCAACCCUUAUGUGUCAUUGCUGUUCUUUAUAAAGUAAACAUAAGCUAUUUAACACUAGCAACAAGACACAUGAAGUCAUAUGAAGAUCUACAAGUCUAAAAUUACUGUAUAAAAGCAUGGUUACAAUCUGAAGAACUGAUGUCACUGAGGUUGAAUCCAUUGCUCCCAAUUGAUGUCCUACAUGCAAUAAUUAUUUAUCACUCGUACUUUGAAACCAAUACUAACCUUGCUGGUCAAUCCCAACAAGCUAAUGAAAUGUAGCAUCAUCCUCCUGUUUUAUAGCUGCGAACUGACAAUCCACUCAAAAAGACGGAGAUAAUGUAUCACCUGAGACUCCUCUCCAUGGGAAAGCCUUAUAUAUUUUGUCAAGUGUCGAAGAAAGUCUUUCUCAAGACUUCACACAAAACCAAAUCAAACACAUCACUAACAGAUGGUCAUACUAGAGUGGAUUUCGUAGGACUGUGCAAAAAAACACUGCACUUUCGUGUCAUGUCUGUACUGUGCAGUGACGGUUACGAUGUAUUCUUGUUUCCUUGUUUUUAUUUGGAUCACUACCAGGCGAGGUUCCAUGACUGUGCUGUGUCUGUGUUGUGAUCCGUGCCUUCGCACAGUCAUACGAAAUCCGCUGUAAGUCUAUCAGAAACCUUAUUGAUAUAACUUAGUUUUUUUUGGUCUGUUAUUAGUGAUGUAUGGCUGUCAAUAAGCUAUUUAUUGAAUGACAGCAUCAUCACUACAAUUUCUAGAAUAUUUUGCCCAUUACAUGUUUUAUAAUGUCAUUAACAUGAGUAAUUAAAAUCAGCUGAACACUGUCA